CACCACAACUCGGAUCAGUUUGGGUUCCGAAGCGGAGCGGAGCGUCCCCAGACGACGCGACGUCAGCUGUUCGCGAUGGUGCCCUUGUUCGUGCUGGCCGUCGCCGCCCUGGCGGGGUGCGCGCACGGGUCCGCGUAUAACAAGGUGACUGCGGCGUCACCCCGCCUCUUCCAGGAGGUGAGCGGGGGCCGCACCUCCGAGGAGGGCGACGUGGACCCCGGCACGCCACUGUUCCUCACCCCCCUCAUCGAGAGCGGCAACUGGUCCGGCGCGCAGCACGCCGCCGCCGUCAAGCCUCUCGCCGGGAACGUCAAGAGUUACUCGGGAUUUCUCACUGUGAACAAGGAACUAGACUCCAACAUGUUCUUCUGGUACUUCCCCGCCGAGAACGGCGCGAGCGACGCCCCCGUGGUGCUGUGGCUGCAGGGCGGGCCCGGGGCUAGCUCGCUGUACGGCCUGUUCGCGGAGAACGGCCCCUACUCGUGCGAGGGUGGCAAGGUGAAGCUGCGCAAGUACUCGUGGAGCAAGCAGUACAACCUGAUCUACAUCGACAAUCCCGUCGGCGCGGGCUACAGCUUCACCGGCCAGGACCAGGGAUACGCGCGCAACCAGACACAGGUGGGGCGGGACCUCUACAGCGCCAUGGUCCAGUUCUUCCGGAUGUUCCCCCAGCUCCACGGACGCCCAUUCUUCAUCACGGGCGAGUCUUACGCCGGCAAGUACGUCCCCGCGCUGGGCUACGCGAUCCACCGCAACAACCCGACGGCCGCGGCCACCGACCGCAUCAACCUGCAGGGUCUCUUUAUCGGUAACGGCUUCACAGACCCCGAGAACAUGAUGCACUACAGUGACCUGGUGUUCCAACUCGGGCUCGUGGACGCGGCGGGACGCGAGGCCCUCGGGGCGAGCGAGGAGCGCAUCGUGCAGCGCAUCAAGGAGCGCCGCUGGCUGGACGCCUUCAUGGAGAACGACCUCAUGUUGGGCGGCGACCUCACGCCUUACCCGACGCUCUUCAAGAACCUCACGGGCUUCGACUUCUACUUCAAUUUCCUGUACACGGCGGACCCGGACCACGGCGACGGCACUCGCCUGGUCCAGACCCCCGAGGUGCGCCGCGCUCUGCACGUCGGCAACGCGACGUGGGACCGCAGCACCAUCGUGGAGACACACAUGAGGGAGGACAUGCUGCAGUCGGUGGCGCCGUGGCUGGCCGAGCUGCUGGACCACUACCGCGUCAUGCUGUACAACGGCCAGCUCGACAUCAUCGUCGCCUACGCGCUCACCGACAGCUACCUCAGCAAGCUCAAGUGGAGCGGCGCCGAGGAGUUCGCGCGCGCCCCGCGCCGCCAGUGGGUCACGCGCGGUGAGCUCGCCGGCUACGCCAAGCAGGCCGGCAGGCUCACGCAGGUGUUGGUGAGGGACGCCGGGCACAUGGUGCCCGCUGACCAGCCUCGCUGGGCGCUCGACCUGCUCAGCAGGUUCAUCGCGAACAAACCGUUCUAAUUUACAGUCACCUCGCGAUAAGUGUCCGCUCGAUAAGUGUACGUUUUAGGUCCGGGCCCUCGGCUCAGAAAUGUUGCAAGUUUACUCGCCACUCCCCUAAGCCGGUGUGAUUGACAGGUCAUCCAGUGCGUGGAGCCCUGGCUCGACCAUGGCUGGACCCGAGCCUGGGAUCGGACUGGGCCAGGCGCGCCGACAAUGCCAACGGGCACCUUGCUUGCCGUGGCUUACCUGAGAACGUGCUGUAGCACGCGGACACUUAGAGCGGACACUUAUCGAGCGUCGGCGGGACAUAUACAGAUCGGGCGGGUCCCCAGCGACGCACCGAACAAUGAGCUCCUCGGACUCGCGAGGCUCCGAGCCAGACGCUCCCAACAGGUGUUAAACGUUUUGCUCCCUUCGAUAUGUGUCUGGCGCCGGUCCCGCCAUCGGACACUUAUCGCGAGGUGACUGUACUUCGUAGACUUGUAAAACUUUUUGAAAUAAAAAUGUUAUCUCUACUCUA